CUCGUACUUAUCAUCUCAAUUUUUGAGAUAAGAGAAGCCCCUGUGACUGAAUAGAGAUAUCUCCGGCAAUUUCAUUCGUACACACGCGGCUCCAUCGACAGAUUCAUCUAUCAAGCCAACCCCACCAUUACUUGAUAGACAUCGGAGAGAUCACUAGCGGGCAGAUCAACACUGUCUGGCCUACUUUUGUGUCUGACAAUACUGUCUCGGCUCCUUGAUUAUCCAAUUUGACCGGCUAUAUCCAAAUCGUUGGGAACCUAGUCAGUCAUGUUUAGCUUCGGCUUCUCCGGAGACGAUAUCGAGGCCGACGAGACCGAUUUGCAGAGCGGUCUCGAUCAGGGAAGUUCGAGUUCGGCUGUCGCGCAAGUAAAAGACAGUGCCUUGCCUGAGCUGGUGCCGGCUCAACGGCAUGAGAUUAGCGAGUGGAUCUCAACUCUUCCAUCUCAAAUAUCGUAUAACACACUCACGAUUAACACCGCUGGAGAUGACACCAACCCCACCCCCGGCGCAGCGCUCACCAUCGCGCGUCGGGAGAUCUUCGACAUCCGCACGCAGCUAAUGGCCGAAGACUCAGCGGACCAUGAAAAUGAGGAACUCAUCUCCGGCCUGGAGCAAGGCGACCUCAAGCCUAAUUUCUAUGAAGGCGGGUUCAAGACGUGGGAGUGCGCUCUUGACUUGGCCAAGGUGGUCAUCGCCGAGAAUGCUCUCUCCGGUGAUGGGGAUCAGCAUGUUAUUGAGCUCGGCGCAGGAACAGCCGUGCCCUCGCUGGCUCUGUUCGCGCAGCUUCUGUCUAGACCGGCUUCGUCGGACAGUAACAGCAAGAAGAUUCGCCUCACCUUUGCGGAUUACAAUGAUGUCGUGCUGCGUUUGGUCACGCUGCCCAACCUGCUUCUAACGUGGAACCACAUCAUCAAUUCCCCUUCUCACCGCACUGACGCCGAGCAAGGCGCGGACGCACCAGCACCAGCAGAAUCAGAGCCAGCAUCAUCAUCAUCAGAAGAAGAACUCGACAUAACUCCCGACCUCCUAACAGCCUUCCAACAAGACCUCGCCACCAGAAACAUAACCAUAGACUUCAUCUCCGGCGCAUGGUCACCCGCCUUCGUGGACCUAAUCACCACCAGCCAAAAUCAGUACAAGCAAACGCUCAUCCUCGCCAGCGAAACGAUCUACGCGCCCGCAUCACUGACCCCCUUCUCCGAAACGCUGCUGCAGCUGCUGCGUCGUUCGGGGCCGGAUGAGCAGAGGAGGGCGUUGAUCGCGGCGAAGAAGGUCUAUUUUGGGGUCGGCGGCGGUGUGGAUGAGUUUUUGGCGGUGUUGGGCCGGAUUGGCGGUGACGGGGUGGAGGUCGUGCAGAGGUUGGAUGUGCAGUCUGGGGGGGUUGGGAGGGUGGUUUUGGGGGUGGGUUUGGUUUGA